AGGAGGAAGUGUGUGAGUUAAGAGAGUUAUUCGAACAAGCCUCUGAAACAAAUUUAACAGGCAAGGCAACACUGGAGAUAACAAACAAGGACCAUAGAAGGAUUUGUGAAAGGACACAUAUUAGAACCAAUCGACCUAUUUAAAUAACAGAACCACUGAAGCAGUAACAUUGAAAAAACAAGAUUCGAAGAGCAAUUGGAUUUUACAAGCAAAUAAAAAAGUGGUAGCUACUGGAAAUUAAAUAAGAGGACGUUUCUAAAGGAAUACAUGCUUUUUGGCGGACUUAAAAUCUCACUUUUUUUCUGAACAGGUGAACAAUGUGGGAUUGUAUUACAAACUAGAUACCUAGGAUGUUUUUUUUAGUAUUAAUUAACUUGGUGAAUUGCUAUAUUUAAGUAUAUACAUUUUAUUUUUAAAUAGAGAUUAUAUUCUGUAUCGUUGAUAAAACUAAGCCACAAGCAUGGCGCCAGACAAUUCUACCAACUCAAGUAUUCACAAUCUUAAUAGACCACUGGACCCUACUGUUCCUGCUAUUAUGUUUAUAGUUGGUGUUGUGGGAAACGUGAUUGCAAUUGUUGUUCUUUGUAAAUCCAGAAAGGAACAGAAAGAGACUACCUUCUACACCUUGGUCUGCGGACUAGCAUUUACCGAUCUGUUGGGCACAAUUCUCGUCAGUCCGGUCACCAUUGCCACCUAUGUAAAAGGAGGUUGGCCAGGUGGGGACUCUCUCUGUGAGUACAGUGCUUUCAUUCUCCUCUUUUUUGGGCUGGCAGGACUUAGCAUAAUAUGUGCCAUGUCAAUUGAAAGGUAUAUGGCUAUUAACCAUGCCUAUUUCUACAACCACUAUGUGGACAAGAAGCUGGCAGGGUUAACACUGCUUGCGAUCUAUGUUUCAAACGUGCUGUUCUGUGCUUUGCCCAACAUGGGUUUUGGCAAGGCUAAGAAGCAAUACCCUUAUACCUGGUGCUUCAUAGACUGGAGAAGCAAAUUGAGCACCGACGCUGCGUUCUCUUACAUGUAUGCGGGUUUUAGUUCUUUCCUUAUUUUGACCACUGUUGUCUGCAAUAUCUUGGUCUGUGGGGCGCUGAUCACGAUGCACAGAAAGUUUGUGAGAAGGACAUCCCUUGGCACGGAUCAAAACAGGAUUGCAGAGUUUCGAAGAAGACGGAGUUUCAGUCGGAUGGCUGGUGCAGAAAUCCAGAUGGUGAUCCUGCUCAUAGCCACGUCCGUGGUGAUGUUCAUUUGUUCCAUUCCACUAGUGGUGCAAGUGUUUUUAAAUCAGUUGUACCAACCAGAAGUGGUGACGGAGAUCUACAAAAACCCUGAUCUCCAGGCCAUUCGCAUUGCCUCUGUGAAUCCCAUCCUGGACCCAUGGCUCUAUAUUCUCCUGAGGAAGGCGGUUCUCCUCAAACUCAUUGAGAAGAUCAAGUGUCUCUUCUGCAGAAUUGGGGGACGCAGGCAGCGACCAGGUGACAAUUUCAACUGCAUAGACGGCCAGCGAACUUCCUCGGUGAUCUCCCGAGAUUCCCCUUCCCUGGUGUCUCGGGAGCUAAGGGAGGUCAGCUGCACAUCACAGACUUUUUUAUACCUCCCAGAGAACAGCGAGAACUUCCUUGGCAGCUGUAGGAUAGGACGGGGGACGUCAGACUCUAGCACAGAAAGCUCUUCAUUAAGGACAUUCCGGAGCUCUAAUUAUUUACAAGAGCAGGACUCAGAAAACAGGACUUCAGUAAAUCAAUCUGGUUCGUCUAGCUUUUCAAAUUCAAGUAGUCGGCCCCCUUCUUAUCAAAAAGACCAUCCCCUCCAUGUGACUUUCACAGAUGAAACAUUGAACCUACAAGAAAAGUGUAUAUAGCUCUGACAAAAGACAUUUACAAAAGAUGUAAAUAGAAAUGUUGUUUUCUAAAUGACUUCAUGAUGGUGCAAUAGUUACACACUAUAAAUAGUAAGAAUGUUUUUUCACCAGUUUUUUUUUUUUUUGAUAAGGCCACAUCUUUUCUUGCUUUAUAUUUGUGUUAAGUCGGUUUAAUCAUUAUUAUCAGCACUUCAUUAAAAAUGUACGGCAAAGACAUACUAAGGAUGUAAUUUAGGAGGGAAUCAUUUUAAAGUUGGAACAUCAAACAGGGAGCUGCUCAGAAUAGCUACCUUGUCAUAAAUAAUUGAGCUCAUAGGAGAUAUGUUUUUAAAUGCCACUAUAUUUUGGACUCUACCCCUUAUUAUGUGUUUUAUAGUCAAUGUUGUGUGUCACAAUGUGAUAUAAUGUGAAUUUCUGCUCCAUUCAGUUAUUAUGAAGGCACAGAUUGUAUAUAAUUUCUUCUCCAUGGGAAGGUUUCACUAAGAGGUGCAAUAACACAAUCUUUAAUUUCAAAAUCAGCAGCUGGCAGUAGAAACCUAAGCAUUUCAUGAUAGCAGCUGAAUUUAUUAAAGAAAAACAGAAUGUUAUGUUUUUCAACAUUCUCAUUCAUCAGACAAGCGAGUAACUUAAGAAUAUCAAAUAACUACAGCUAACUGACUGCAAACAAGACGUUAUUGCACCUCAAUAAUAGAGCACAAUGUGUGCAAGUCAUUUAAUACUACUUUAAAAAUGAAGACUCCCCUUGUGUUCACUGUUCAGCGAAACCAUAUUUCAGAAUAGAAAUAUGUAGUGGGAUAUGUAAUAAGUCCUAUCAUUGAAAAGGCUUGCAUUAAUUUGCCAUAUAAGCCUCCACUAACUUAACAGCUUUCAAGUGUUUGCUAUGGAACAGAUGGGAUCUUUCUUUUUAAAGUGUUUAUGUAGUUACAGUUUUGCUGUACUAUAAAUAACAUGUACAUAUUUGUCCAUGGAUUUAAGCAUUUACAUUAAAAAUGUUGCUGCUUGUUUAUGUGCAUUGCUUACAUUAAGUCACACAUUUUCUUCCUGAGCCUGAUGAUUGUGUUGACAAAAAAUAUUUUUAUUAAAAUAUAAAUGUUAAAAACAAACUUAAAUGCAUUCAACUGUGUUUUUUAAAUGAAUUAAUCUUAUCUCUUACCUCAUUCUAACAUGAAAGACCCCAGUUUGGGAAAAUUAUGCCACAAGAGUAUAAGGCAAGGAGACUUAGUGUGGUGUAUUUUUCUUAAUGGGUUAAUUCCAAAAUUGAGCUCAAGUUUUAAAAUCAUGUCAAAGGGCUCUAUUCACAAAGCUUUACCUUUGAGAUUUACCUCAUUGCUUAUUUAAAUAAUCUUUUAAAAGUAUGUUUUAAUUAAUGAAAUAGUUUAUGACUGUUGUUAAAGAGACCAACAACAAUCUUGAAAGAGAUUUAUGAACAUAAAACUUCAUUCAAUUUGUCAAAAUGCUGUAACUCAUGAGUUACAGCUUUGUAAACAGGCCCAAAAUGACAAACAUAAAAAGGAUGAAAAUACCAGGCAGAAUGUAGUGCAUUUGAAGUUUUACAUAACUCAAGACACAAGUUGUUUUGGCUAGUGCCUUACCCUACAUGCCUUAGACUUACUCUAUGAUAUAUAAUUGUGUCCUCUUAUAGCAGCCUUUAAAAAGCAUCAUGUAACAAACACUGAUGAAGUCACAUUAACAUUUUGGCUUCAGUGUUAAUAAAAAAUUGCACAAUAUAGACUGUCAGCAUUUUCACUCACACACAUCUAUGAACACAUCUAUGAACUAGGAACUUGGAUGAGAACUUUUUUUCAUAGGGACAACCAAACACUCAUCAAUGGAAUUCAUUAAACCCCAUCAGUUGAAUCAUACUGCUACCUAGGACAUGAAAUGUUCACUACCCCCCCCCCCCCCCCCCCCCCCCCGAGACGCGGUUUACAUUUACUGUAAGUAUUUUAGUGGAUGAUGAAAAUUAGAUGAACCACAACAGGAAACAUAACAGGAAGUCUAUCUGUAAGACAUUUUCGUUACAUUACUCUAUUACUUUUUUCAGUUUAGUGCAUUUUUCAAUCACAGUUCUUCAUUACAGAGCAACAGAGCCCUGCUUGUUGAAAAGAAAGCGUUUAAGGCAUAGGUGUUUUUAUUCCUUUCAGGGAGAGAGAGAAUGGUGGCAAAAGUGGCACUUGCUUGCUAGAAAUGGGUAGUGUGGAGUAGUGGUUAUGGCUCUGGACUCUUGAUUGGAGGGUCGUGGGUUCAAUCCCAGGUGGAGGACACUGCUGAUGUACCCUUGAGCAAGGUACUUUAUCAGAUUGCUCCAGUAAAAACCCAACUGUAUAAAUGGGUCAUUGUAUGUAAAAAAAAAUAAUGUGAUAUCUGUAUAAUGUGAAAUAAUGUACAAUGUGAUAUACUGUAACAAUUGUAAGUCGCCCUGGAUAAGGGCGUCUGUUAAAAAAUAAAUAAUAUGAUAUUUGUU